UGUCAGUAUGAGUAUGAAAAGUACUUGACCAAUGACACGUUUGAAUCAAACCUGAAGCUCCUUCUUGAUUCACUGUUGCACAACACCGCAACAACGGGAUUCUACAACACUACUGUCGGAGAAGGCCUUAACCGAAUUAAUGGACAAGCUCUUUGCCGAGGAGAUGCCAGUUCCACAGCGUGUGAGAGUUGUGUCAGCAAUGCAAGCCAAGGGAUCAUGAAGCUGUGCAAUGCUAAAGAUGCACUAAUUUGGUAUGAAUUAUGCCAAGUGCGAUAUUCCUUCCGAGAUUUCUUUUCAAACACAGCUUAUACUGGUAAAUACCCAGAUUCAAAUGGUCAGGACAAACUUGCAUCGGACCCAGCUGAUUACUACACCUACUUGAUGUAUCUAAUGAAGAACAUAUCCACUGAGGCUGUUAACUCUAACCAAAUGUUCGCAACGGGGCAAAUAAAUUAUUCUUUGAGCCAGACAAUAUAUGGGCUAGUCCAGUGUACUAGGGAUAUGUCAGGCAAUGACUGUUACAAUUGCUUGAACUCUGCCUUGGGGGAUCUAAAAGCAUGCUGCUAUUUGCGGGAAGGUGGAACGGUUGUUAGCAGAAAUUGCAAUGUGAGGUAUGAGCCAUACCGCUUUUCAAUGGCUCGAUAACCUCUGUGUUAUCUUACCCUGCUUCCACAGGUAAGAACAUGCAAUCUAUUUGAACUAAUCCAAACUUGGGUACCUUUAGACCUGGAAAGAAGCCCGCAUGCUGUCCUCCAUGAUUUAGUAAAUCCAAUCAGUGUGGAAAUUACUGAAGAAGGCAACCUAGUUAGCUCGGAGGAACUUCCUUUCAUGGAUCUAGCCACAAUAAAGGCCGCUACAGAUGACUUCUCGAGUUCAAAGAAGCUCGGGCAAGGGGGGUUUGGUACUGUCUACAAGGGUCUGCUUUCUGAUGGAAAAGAAGUGGCAGAAAGGUUGUCAAGGAAGUCUUGGCAAGGUCUCGAGGAGUUCAAGAAUGAGGUCAUCUUGAUUGCAAAGCUCCAGCACAGAAAUCUAGUAAGACUUCUAGGAUGCGGCAUAGAGGGAGAUGAGAAGCUGCUUGUAUACGAGUUCAUGCCUAACAAAAGCCUCGAUAUCUACAUCUUCGAUUCAGACAAACGUGCACAGCUUGAUUGGUACACAUGCAAUUAUAUUAUUGAUGGAAUUGCUAGAGGAUUAGUUUACCUGCAUGAGGACUCGAGACUGAGGAUUAUUCACAGGGAUCUGAAGCCUAGCAAUGUUCUGCUGGAUUAUGACAUGGUUGCCAAAGUAUCAGAUUUUGGGAUGGCCAGAAUAUUUUGCGAAAACCAAAGUUCAGCUAAAACCAGAAGAGUUGUAGGAACAUACGGUUAUAUGGCCCCGGAGUAUGCAAUGGGGGGACUGUUCUCUGUGAAAUCAGAUGUGUUCAGCUUUGGCGUAAUUUUGCUCGAGAUCAUCAGUGGAAAACGGAAUAGCGGAUUUUAUCUUACAGAACAGGCUCAGACACUUCUUGCAUAUGCGUGGAAACUAUGGACUGAAGGAAAAGAGUUGGAACUCGUGGAUCCUUCUUUAGCGGAAUCAGGCCAAGCAGCUGAAAUAGUCAGGUGCAUUCACGUCGGCCUUUUGUGCGUCCAGGAAGAUCCUGAAGAUAGACCGACAAUGUCAGAAGUAGUGACACUUUUAGGUCAAAAGGAACUCCUCCGGAACCGAAAAACCAGCUUUUGGGUUGGUAGAGCUGCCCAAGUACUCGAUCGAUCCUUGGCACCUAAUCUCUCUGCCAAUGACAUAACUGUUUCCAGUAUCUCACCUAGGUGAACAAGCACGUAUUCCAACUAAUUAAGGUUCCAUUUGCCCAUGGUUGUAAAAUUUCAUGUUGAAAAUAGGAACUUGUCAUGUUUGGAAGAAUUACUCUGCUCAUGAAAAUCACUGUAUAAACAAUCAAGAUUAUGGCAUACGGAGAAGGUUGAUUUGGUAAGCGAAAGGAAGAUGCAAAAAUUUUCGGUGACCCGAGUGAACAUAGGUGGAUAAAUAUGCA